UCCUCACCCCCUCCUCUCCGCCUUCACCUUUUCCCUCGCCGAGUGUUCUGCGCGCCUCUUUGCCCUCCUCCCCUCCCCACUCGGCCCAAUGACCGCCGACCCUCGGACUCCGCCGCCCAACGCGGCUCUCUAUGUAUGGUAUGCGUCGCAAUCUGGCAACGCCGAAAGCAUCGCCCGUGGUCUCGCUGCCGAGGCUACCUCCCUCGGCUACCAGGUCACUACUAGCUCGCUGGAUGAUUCUCCCCUGGUCCGUAGCAACGCCGAGUCCAGCCGGCAUCUGGCGGUGAUCGUCUGCUCGACAACCGGCGACGGCGAGGUCCCGGACAACGGAAACCGCUUCUACCGGAACCUGCGCAAGCGCACGCACGGCCCGGCUGCCUUCAGCCAACUCACCUAUGGCCUCCUUUGUCUGGGUGAUACGAACUAUGAUUCCUUCUGUGGCGGUGGGCGCCGGCUCAAGAAGGGUCUCGAUCGGCUGGGUGCGGUUGAGCUCUGCCCCAUCGGGCUGGCUGAUGAGGUGACUGGACUCGAGACCGUCAUGGACCCCUGGGUGGCUAACAUGUGGCCGCGGCUGGCGGAAGCCGCGCGCGCGGCCCUGCCCCCCGGCUGGUCCGAGGAUGAGCUCAAGUCCGGGACCGAGGCUGCUGCUCAGCCUGAUGCUGCCUCCGCGGCGGCGGUCACCACGCCCGAGGUGGCUUCCCCUGACACUGUGGCCGCCCCGAUGACUGGCACUUUCACAUGUGACAUCCCAGCUGGCACCAUGGGUGUGGCAGUUGUGCCGCCGAUUGAUCCGGCCCUGCCGGGGCUCCCACGCCCGGAGGACCCGGUCCUCACGGAGCAAGAGCAUGAUGCUUGGGCUGCCAAGCUGGGUUUGCCGCGCUUGGCGGUUCCCCGGUCGGUGGCCAUCUCUGUUGGCCGGGCCCCACGGCUGAGCGCCCUUCGACUGCAUCCAACCAUUGCCGGGGGGGCCCCGGCCGAUGGUGCGCCCAUCCGCUGGCGGCAUCUGGAGCUCGGUACCAUGAUCCCUGUGGCCGCGCGCGUGGCCACCGCCCCCGGGGCCGUGCGGACGACCAUCGAGCUGGCCUUGCGCAUUGGCGACGGUUUUGGCGGCUUCGAGGCCACCGGCGAGCCGCGCCAUGCUCCGGCCCUUGAGACUGGCAAUGAUGCCCACCUGAGCCGCUGGCGCGGGGGCGAUGCCAUGGGCAUCAUUGCUCCCAAUGAUCGGUCCCUGGUGCUUGCCCUGUGUCAGCGACUUGGCGUGGACCCGCGCGAGCAGUUCCAGCUGGUGGCCCCGAGCCAGGCGUCCGCGCCGGCCGAGGAGCUUGCCGCCGCGGAGAACCCCCUGCCGCAUGUCCCCUCGCCGGCCACCGCGCAUGACAUGCUUUCCUUCGGGCCGGAGCUGCGUGAGAUGCCGCCGAAGGCGGCGAUCCGGGCGCUGGCGGCCGAGGCCCCCACCGGGUCCUACUCACAGCGGAUCCUCCUCUUCCUGUCCAGCCGCUCCGGGGUGGCGCUGUAUAAUGCCUGGCGAGCGGACUUCCGGCCGACGGUGCUGGAUCUGCUGGCCCUGGCGCCGGAGUGUCGCCCUCCUCUGGCCCGGCUGCUUGAGAUCCUCACGCCGCUGACGCCGCGGUACUACUCGGUGGCCGGGUUUGGCCGGUCGGCCGAGCCGAAUGACCGGUCCGUCGUGCGGGUUCUUUUCAAUGUCCUUCGCGAUCAGACACCGGCUGGAGCCGCGCGCGCUGGCCUGGCCACCACUUGGCUGGAGGGGCUGCUCGGGGGUCCCGGGGCCCUGGCGGCCGGGCCCUUCGCCGAGCAGCCGGCCUCGCUGGUCGAGGGCCCGGAGCUUGGGACCGAGGUUCGCCCCGGCGGGGCGCUGGAUGCCUCAUGCGAUUGGUCCCAGCUGGCUGGGCAUGAUGGGCAGCCGCUGCCGAUGCCGGAGCUGGCGGCCUUCCUCCAGCCGUCGUUGCACUUCCGCCUGCCUCCGGCCGGGCAGGAGCGUCGGCCGCUGGUGCUUGUCGGCCCGGGCACCGGGGUGGCUCCUUUCCUGGCCUUUUUGCAGGAGCGCAUGGCGGCGCUGUCCUCGCGCGGCCUGUUGCUUAAUGCCGGGCCUGAUGGGGCGCCGGUUUUCGGUCCGAUUGUCAUGUAUGCCGGCUGCCGGGGCCUGGAUGUGGACCUCCUCGGGGCGGAUGUGCUGCUCAAGGCCCUGAAGGCCGGGGUGUUGACCCGGCUGUCGGUGUCGGUGUCGCGCCAGGCCGGCCCACCGACCGGGACCCUGGCCGAUGCGCCGGCCGGGUCCCUGCUGGGGACCGUGCAUCAUCUGCUGGCCCAUCCGGCGGUGUUUGUUCGAUACGGCGCGCAUGUUUCCCAUGCCAUCAGCCUUGAUGCUGACAUUCUCCAGCCGCUGCUGCUGGGCGCGGGGCUGUCGGACGAUGGCGGCCCGGACGCCGCGCGGACCUACGUCUGUGGCGAUGCCGCGGCCAUGGCAACCGGCGUGCGUCGGGCCUUUGCCGGCGUGCUUGCCGGUGUUCGAACCUUCGCCGACAGUCUCCCGGCCCAGGAGACCCUGGAGCCGCUGGGGCCGGAAGAUGAGGCCUCCGUGGCCGAGAAUCUCACGGCCAUCCUCCAGUGGACUCGGCGCCAGCGUUACGUGCAGGACAUUUGGACUUAGAAGAGGGGUGCCACUUGAAGCGGGAAUGUCGGCCUUUUUUGCUGCCCCCCCCCCCCUCCUUCACUUCCGUGUGCUCCUCCUCGUCUCGUGCUGGGCCACGAAAUCCCAUGGGAAAUGCAAGUGUGGACCUUCCGUUUGCUCGUCCCUCCCCCUCCCGCGCAUGAAGUAUAGAACCCCCAUGACCACACAAGAGCCGUUUCCUUCCCCCACUUGCCCCCUCCCAUUCCCCCUCCCGCAGAAGGAGCACAGCCAAGUCGGCCCGUCUAGGCGGGGAAGAGGAGGUGGUAGACCCGAAUAUUGGGAGAUGACAAGUGUGCUGAGCAAAUGCGGAGGCCAUGUAAAUAUAUAUACAUCCAUGCAUGCAUGAAUAUGUGUGAGCACGAGAGGGGGAGGGAGAGGGAGAGAGAGAGAGAGA